ACCACAGGUUGGGAACCGCUGCAAUAGAAUGAGAUUUGAACCCCUUGUGUUGUGUUACACGAAAAUGAUAACACACGACAGAUAGUGCACAAUUUGUUCACGGCGUGAACAAUGGCGUCUCUUAGUAAGGCUGAAAUUGAGAAAUGCAUUUGUAUACAAAUACAAUGCAAUCCAUCGAAAUGGAGUGGACUACUGAUCGGAUCGUUGAAGAAGGUCACCGAACAAGUGCAUCCAUCGUUGACAGCAAGUGAUGAAGCAUUGGAAUAUGUUGAAAUGUUAGUGAUACAGUGUCUGGAGAUACUCACUCUGCGGCCAUCACAACCACACACCGUGCUCGAUAUCGAAGACCAGGUGAAACGAUCGUUUCCCAAGCCGAUUGAGAAAUGGGCUAUCAAGGAUGCAAAAGAUGCACUGGAAAAGAACAAAAAAAAAAUUCCACUGGUGUUACCUACUGAUAAAAUUCAUAAUUUAGUUCAAAAAGAAAUAUUGCAGUAUAAGCUGGAUUAUCAGGUAGCUCUGUAUAUAACGGCAGUUUUAGAAUAUAUUGCAGCAGAUAUAUUAAAAUUAGCGGGUAAUUAUGUGAAGAAUAUACACCGUGUUGAAAUCGGUUUCGAAGAUCUCCGUGUUGCGAUAUGUGGUGAUAAAGUAUUAAUGGAUUUAUUUGGCCAGCAUGAUGAUAAUAACGAUUUGAAUUUGUCUGAUUUAGGUAUUGAUAAGAUUCAAAGAACUACUACUUAUGAAGAAGUUAUAAGAGAUUUAAUGCAUGAUGAGAGGCAGCUUAUCAGAGAUUUACAUUUAAUUUUAAAAAUUUUCAAAGAAGAAAUUGAUCGAAUCAUUCCAACAGGUAGUAGUCAAGAAUUGGAUAGCAUGUUUAACAACAUAACAGAUAUUUGUAAGGCCACUGGAUUGUUUUUAAGUUCAAUUGAAGAUAUAUUAGAAAUUGCUGAAGACAAAUCUGCUACAGUUGGUUGUUGUAUUGAAGAAUUAGCUGAAGCUGCUGAAUUUGAUGUGUUUGCACGCUAUGCAAAUGAUAUUGUUAAAAAACAAUGCAGGAAUAUAUUUUUUAAUUUAAUUGGUAAACCAGAAGUUUCAAUUUUACUACAAUCUGCUGGUUAUGGUUUUAAAGAAGCUGUAAAAUAUUAUUUUCCAAAAUUGUUACUCUUACCCUUAUGGCAUUGUAUACUUUAUUUUGAGUAUAUUAAAAUAUUACAUCAACUUUCUCCAUCUCAACUUGAUAAAGAAUGUUUAGAACAAGUAGAAGGUAUUCUGAGGCCUCUCCAGUUACAAAUGACAUCUGUUGCCAAUAAAGUUAACUUACCAGAUAAUGUCAAAGAAUUUGGACUCAAAAUUAAUGCUACUCCUAGACGAUUGUUAGCCAUUGAAAAACUUAAUGAAGUUCAAAAAUCAGUUGACGGUUGGGAUGGUAAGGAUAUGGGACAAUGUUGCACAGAGUUUAUAAGAGAAGGAACACUUAUAAAAGUUUCAAGUGGAGGUAAACGUUGUUCAGAACGUAAAGCCAUUCUAUUUGAUGGUGUUCUUCUGUUAUGCAAAUCAAACAAUAAAAGGACAUCUGUGUCGGUUAGCUCUCAACUGGUUGGUGGUUUAUCUGAAUUUAAACUAAAAGAAAAGUUGUUUAUAAGAAAAGUGGAAAUAGUGGACAGAGAAGAUACAGAAGAGACAAAACACUUUUUUGAAAUAGCUCCUCGGUUACAACCCCCAAUAAUAUUAGUUGCUAAUACUUUUCAAGAGAAAGCUAAUUGGAUGGCCGAUCUAGUGAUGUUGAACACUAAAAGUAUGUUGGACAGAACUUUAAACAGUAUACUGCAUGAUGAAGAUAAAAAAUUUCCAUUAAGAUUACCUUCAGUAAAAGAAUAUAGAUUUAUUGAACCUGAUUCUCGUUCAAAUAUUAUUUUUGAAGAAAAAGAAAAUAAUGGUGUACCUCUUAUUAAAGGUGCUGUUUUAUUAAAACUUAUUGAGCGUUUGACUUAUCAUAUUUAUGCAGACCCAAAAUUUGUUAAAACAUUUUUAACUACUUAUCGUAGUUUUUGUUCACCUCAUGAUUUGUUGGAACUAUUAAUUGAAAGGUACAAUAUUCCUGAGCCUUUUGUCAAUACUAUGGAUUCAGAAAGUCUUAGAGAUGAAAACAAAAGAUUUAGAAAAGAAUAUUUAGUACCUGUUCAGUUUAGAGUAUUAAAUGUAAUAAGACAUUGGAUUGACUAUCAUUAUUAUGAUUAUCAGCGUGAUCCAAGUCUACUAGAUAAACUGCAUACAUUCUUAGACUCCAUAAAUGGAAAAUCAAUGAAAAAAUGGGCAGAUUCUGUUAUUAAAAUACUCCAAAGAAAAACUACUGAAGCUCAAAAAGAGAUAACAUUUGCAUUUGAUUCGCCACCUCCACCAAUUGAAGUUCAUAUGGAUUUUAAUGAAAAUGAAGAAUUUAAUAUACUCCUUGUGCACCCUAUAGAGUUUGCCAGACAACUAACUCUUAUUGAAUCAGAAAAUUAUAGAGCUGUUAAACCUUCAGAGUUAGUUGGAUCAGUAUGGACUAAAAAGGAUAAAGAAAUAAACUCACCACAUUUACUGAGGUUAAUCAAACAUACUACAAAUUUUAGCCGUUGGAUUGAAAAAGUUGUUGUUGAAUGUGAAAAUUUUGAAGAAAGAGUAGCCAUUGUAUCGAGAUUUAUUGAAGUAAUGAUGGCAUUAGAUGAACUCAAUAAUUUCAAUGGGGUAUUAGGUGUUCAUUCAGCUAUGAGUUCAGCUGCAGUUUUUCGCCUGAAAUUUACAUUCCAAGCUAUUAAUGCCAGGCUUGAAAGGGCACUAGAAGAUGCUCGAGAAUUGAGUAAUCAUCAUUUUAGAAAAUAUCAAGAAAAAUUGAGAAGUAUAAACCCGCCAUGUGUACCAUUUAUGGGCAUGUAUUUAACAAAUAUAUUGCAUAUUGAAGAAGGCAAUCCUGAUUGUUUAAUUAACAGCCCGAAUUUAAUAAACUUUAAUAAACGGCGGAAAGUGGCUGAAAUCAUUGGAGAAAUUCAGCAAUACCAAAAUCAACCUUACUGUUUAAAUAUAGAGCCUAAAAUAAAAAAAUUUUUAGAGAAUUUAAAUCCGUUCAACGAUAAAAUUGACACUGAUAUAAGUACCUAUUUGUUUGAAAAAUCGUUGGUGAUUGAACCAAGAAAUUGUAAACAACUUCUAAAAUAUCCACGAAAAUGGCCAGAGUUAAAUCUCAAGUCACCAGGAAUUAAGCCUAAAAUACGUGUACCUUCAGUUUCUUCUAAAGACAUGGAUGUUCAAGGUAGAAGAAAAUUAAGUUCAUCUGGUUCAUUAGUUAUUCAAAUGGAUAAAAGGGAAGCAGAAGACUCUGUCUUUUCACCAGUCACAUUCAAAACUGCUAAUGAUGUUCCUCCUGUACCUCCACGACUGAGUAAAAUAGAUAAGGCAUUCAGACCACCUAUACCACCAAGAACAGUGGCGCCUCCUCUACCUCCUAGAAAAUUACCAGUUGAAGUUAUAGUUCCUCCCAAUAAAGUUGUUGAAAUACUCAAACCAGAAAUAAGCCAUGAUUUUAACAUGAUAAAAAAACCAACACCGUCAAUUAUUCCUAGUAAAAAGGUUACUAGGUAUCCAUUAGUAAAACCCAACAAUUUUCCAAAACAUGACGCUGCACCAGAACAUUUUAAUGAACUAUCCUCGUUAAAGCAAGAAGAUUCACAAAACCAAAGGUUUCCAUUCAAACCAUUUAUUCUAAAGAGAACAGCUCCGUCAAUGUUCCAGUUCAAUAUUUUUAGAUAAGUAAUAUCAGAACCAAAUAUAAUUUAUUAACUAGUUACCAUGGUCAUAGUUUUUCAAAUGCAUAUGCAGACAUUUUGUCUUAGUUAACUUCAUUAGUGUUUCCUUUAUAAAUAUUUAUUUUGAUUAGUUCUAGAUGAAUGAUAGAUGUUUAAAUAACUAAAUCUUACUCUAUACUUAUUUUAAUUUUAAAUAGCUGUUAUUUACAU